AAUAUAUUUAUUUUUGUAGAUAUACUUUUAGCAGCAAUUGUUCCAAUUUUGCUUAUGAUAUUUAUUUUCGAAGUAAAUAGGAAAAAAAUUUACAAAUUAAAAAGAAAUUUAGAAUUUGCUUUUUCGCUGCCUGGUGUGUCUAUACUUUCAUCUUUUGUCAACUCAUUGCAAAUUGCUUACAAUUAUAAAGAUUUACUAAAUCAUGUAGAUUCAAUAAUUAAAAAAUAUGGAAACCUUACUCGUCUUAUCUAUGGAACUAAUGUGUUCGUAGUACUCGCGAAACCCGAGGAUUAUAAGUGUGUGCUCGCGAACAUAAAUGGCAACUACAAAGGUUCAGUGACCAAAUCAUGGGAGAGAUUUCUUGGUAAUGGACUUGCCAGAACUUCAGGUAUUAUAUCAGAAUAUGACAAAUAUUUGUUUUUUGUACACUUAUCUUUUUAACUAAAAUGUUGAAUUUUAUGCAAUAA